CCUGGGCAAAGCACCGCCGAGCCUCCUCCGCCCGCCGCACCGGACGUCGAUGAAAGCGAGGGCGAGCAGCCAGGCGGCCAGCAGCAGCAUGUCGACCUCGCUGAGGGUGAGCCCUUCCGUCCACGGCUACCGCUUCGACACGGCCUCGCGCAAGAAAGCGGCGGCCAACAUCUUCGAGAGCCUGGACCAGGAGGCGCUCCAGAAGCUCUUUAAGAACUCCGGCGACAAGAAAGCCGAGGAGAGGGCCAAAAUCAUCCUCGCCACAGACCAGGACCUGGAGGAGAAAGCCCGGGCGCUGAUGGCUCUGAAGCAGAGGACGAGGGACAAACUCUUCCAGUUCCUGAAGUUUGGGAAACACUCCAUUCAAGUCCACUGAGGACUUCACCGAGGGCGGGAACGAACAGAAAAGAAUUCGCAGCGCAUCGGCCAGCUCCAUCCUUUCCAGCCACUCUGAAACUGACCAGACGUGUAAAGCUGGGAAAGACGGUCAUGGGUCUCAUUUUGCACACGUCAGAGUCGACAGCAAAAAGCUUGCUUGGAGGACUCAAACUUGCACAUUGUAAAAGAGCGAGAGAACAAAAGGAGCCAAUCUGGGCAGUCCCCCGAGGCCCGAGUCACUGGAAUGAAGUGGGGGCAGCCACCAAGCUGGACUCAGCUUUUCCCAGGCAGCUGGGGCCAACCAGCGAUGAGAUCAUUCUUCUCCUUAACUGACUGUUUGACAAUCUUUCCUGACACUUGUUUAUUGAAUGUGUAAAGCCUUUCCUAAAUCUCACAGUUGUCUGCUGGAAUGAAAGGGAUUAGAAAGAGAUCAGCAAUAACUGUCUGUCUGCCUUAGUCUAAAAUGCAUGGAACGGCGCACCGUCCAGGUGUGGAAUCUGCACCAUGCCUCAGGAGAUGAACUUUCUUUUGAAGCCUCGUCAAGGGAUCCUUGCUCACUGUUGCCCAGCGGAAGUGGAUCCUUGAACUUGUUGCACAAACUUUGGGGGACCUGACUGAACUGUGAAGGUUUCGCUAGGAUACUUUGGUUCCUAUAAGCAUCCAUACCAUUUUAUUUUUGGCCACAGUUACAAUUUUUGUAAUGAAUUUAAC